UCUCUCUCAAAAUCUCUCCGAUUUUCUCUCAAAAUCCACCUCAUUUUCAAUCAAUUUCCUUAAAAAACCCAUCUCAAAUCCCAACAUUUUCCCCAAUCGAAACUAUCUAAUAGCUUCCUACGCUUUGGAUUUUGAGCUGCCCUUUUGCAUAGAAUUUUCAUGAAAUUAUCUGUGCAUGCAAGUGUACCGCUUUCAUAUCUUCAGAUUCAGGUUCGGAUUCGUUCUUCGCGUUAUUACAUUAAAAUUGAGGUUGGGAUUUCAGGUGGAUAGGAUUUUCGAUAUGAAUAUAACUUACUAGAAAUAUUUAAAUUCUCUCUCUUCUUUUAAAUUUCUUUUGAAACCAUUGGUUGAGAUUUUGAUUUCAUGAGUUUAGGAUCAGAAUCUUUCUUUGUAUUCGUCGGUUGAAAUCAACAUUUGGGUUCGAUUAUCGACUCCAAGUAGAGACUAUUUCAAUCGGAGUAGAAGGAAGAAAACAGAAAAGAUGGAUUGAAUUUUGAAUUCCUUGAUCAAAUCCUUUAAUUCGCAGCAUUUUCUUUAUUGGUUUCGAAUAUUUCGGUUGGUGAAUUUGGGAUUGGAUCUUAUUUUGGGUACAUGGGUUGAAAUCGAGAUUCGGGUUCGAAUUUGGACUCCAAAAGUGGAGAAUUUUCAAUUGGUGUGAAAGAAGGGAAAAGGAGGAAAAAAAGAUACGGAUAGGAAGUGUGAUUUUUCUCAUUUGGGUAUUUUCAAAACCAUUUGUGGGUACAUUUUCCUUUACUAGUUUGAAGAUUGGGCUUUACAAAUUCAGAAUUCGAUUUGAUGUCCUAGUACUCGCGUUUGAAGAUCUGGGUUUUAAUUCCAAUUGGAAGAGAAAAAGAACGAAGAGAGAUAAUGGGUUGAAAAUGUUGCUUCUAAUCGUUUGGAUAUCAACAUCCUUUUAAUUGGAAGCAUUUUUGGGAUUGAAUUCGAGCACAAGGAGUGGAUUUCAAGAAUUGGAGUUUUGCUUGAUGCUGAAUGUGAUUGGAAAUCAAAUGAAUAGAAAUUGUGAAUUUUGCGGCAAGUCUAGGCCGUCGGUUUACUGCAAAUCUGAUGCAGCGAGCCUUUGCCUUCCCUGUGAUGCUCAGGUGCACUCAGCAAAUUCUCUGUCCAAGCGACACAUUCGGGCUUUCCUUUGUGAGGGCUGUGGAACCCAACCGGCUUUCAUAUGGUGUGUGGACCAUCGGUUGUUUAUGUGCCAUGGGUGUGAUCGGAGCUCCCAUGAGGUGGUGUCAGGUGGGCCGCAUCAGAAACGGGCUGUGAGUUGUUACAUGGGGUGCCCUUUAGCUCGGGAUUUUGCAGCGCUGUGGGGCUAUGAAUUGAAGGGAUUGCUCAGAGGUGAUGAUUCUCGAGCUUGGGGUGUUUCCAGUAAGUUUAGUUCUGUUGUUAUGGGUGCCAAUAACACGGAAACUUUGAGGGAGUUCCGUCCAUUGAUGGAAGAAUCUACUUCAACAUCGGGGUUGGACUCAAUGGCUUCGAUCUUUGGUGGGGGUGGUGAUACAGGUCCCACCGUGCUCCAAAGCAAGGUUGGACUUGGAGGGAAUGUAAGCGCAAUCAAAUGCCAGUUCCUCAUUGUGAAUACUAAGGCAAAUGUAAUUGCAUUUCAACUUGAUCGUGUAUCCAAAUGCACUUUCGUGUUAUCUACUUUAUCUAACAAUCCUGAGUUUAUGACACGUCUUCAGAUAAUUCACGAGAAUCAACAGCAGCAGGUGACUGACUCUAUUCUGCAACAGAUUAUUGAUUUAGAAAGGCUUCAGCUUACAGAAAGAAACAGUCAGUCGUCUAUGGUACAUGGGCAGGUUCAAACAGAAGUAUAUUCGACUGAAGAUCAUACGAUGAAACAGCUCGAUCAAGAUCCUAAGCUGAAUAGUGGGCGUCCUCAAAGUCAUGGUAUUGAUGCCCAAGAAGCUAUGCAUGCCGAACUGCAACUGCCACCUUUCUCGUUACCUGUAUCUCAAUCAGAGCACUUGAACUCUUCUUCCAAUGAUGGAGUCACACUGCAUGGAGACUCCUAUUGGCAUUGGAAAAGUUCAGCUGAAGAUAGCCAGCUGUGGUCUCAAAAUCUGCACGACCUUGGAGUUUGUGAGGACAAUGAUUGCUAUGAUGGAGUCAACGUCCCUGAUAUUGAUCUGACAUUCCGAAACUAUGAAGAGCUUUUUGGGGGUGAUCAAGAGCAAAAUAGAUCCUUGUUCGACGAUAUAGAUGUGGCUUGUGCCUCCAUGGAAAAAGGCAUAUCACUUGGUAAAUCAGACAGUGGCUAUCCAAGAUCCAUCGAGGAUAUCUCAGCGGAUCGGUCCUCCCAUGAAGUAAAUGAUAUCGGUCCUUCCGACCAUGCUUAUCUCUUUACUGAAAGUAUGGAUUCUACAUGCUCUAUUCAAUCGGCUUAUUCAGGCUUAUCAUACUCGUUGUCAAGGUUCAAUGCGGAAAGCAAUGGUGCUGAUUAUCUUGAUAGUGAAUUUUCACCCAACAUUGCCAAAGGCGACCCACCGUGGAAUUCACAUGACUCAGAGAAUUCCCACUCUGAGGCCAGAGGAAAUGCCAUGAUGAGGUACAAGGAGAAGAAGAAGGUUCGCAUACACGAGAAACGGAUCCGAUAUGCUUCUCGUAAAGCCAGAGCUGAUGUGCGGAAGCGUGUGAAAGGCCGUUUCAUCAAGGCAGAGGUAGGGUAUGAAUGAGACACCAUUGAUGUGACCAGAAGCUACUGAAUUCUUCUCUUCAAUGUUCUGCAAGUUGGUAUUUUGUACAUAUUCAAUUCAGCACGAAUCAGCUGGCGGAUCAGUUAAUCUGCACCUAUUUGUUUAUUUCUUUUCUUCUUUCAUUUUCAAAUACAUAUAAUCUGUGGUAUGGCAUUAAUAUAGUUAGUGAUAUAUAGAGGAGGAAGCUACAUUUUUAGUAGACAAAAUUCAAUGCUUGAGUACUCCUAGCAAGGAAGUUCUUGCUUGAGUUUUAAUUGUAUAUAUAGCCAUUUACUUCAAUCCAGUGAAAAUGUACAUUCCUUGCAUUGUGCGAGAACUGAAAGCAAACUAAAUAAAUGCCUAUGAAUAUUGCAAAACAUCUA